UGGAGGUCUCUUGCCUAUUGAAGAGAGAAAAGAUUGCGUGCGUGUUACAGUAGAAUAUAAUUUCAAUGGUGUUCCAUUUCAAUUUUCACGGAAAAUCUAGAGGAAGUCAAUUAUUUGGAGAUUAUUUUCCCAUAUCGGUAUUCCAGCCAUGAGCUCUGGAGAGGGAAUAGAUGAGGCUGCUAAAGAUGCGGCCGACAUAGCGGCGUUUUUCAAGUCCGAUUCUCUCCCUCUUUCAAAAUGUGAGCCCAAACUGGACGGACCCAGUCAACAAGCAGGGUUUCAUCGAAAUGAGGAGAUGAAGGCCAUAGACGUUCUGCCCAUCCUUAAAGAAAAGGUUGCCUUCAUAUCAGGUGGCCGAGAUAGACGUGGGGGUCCCGUCCUUACCUUCCCAGCCAGGAGUAACCAUGACAGAAUACGAACAGAGGACCUCCGCAGACUCAUAGCCUACCUCGCUGGUAUCCCCAGUGAGGAGGUGAGCAGACAUGGCUUCACGGUCAUCGUUGACAUGCGAGGCUCUAAGUGGGACAGCAUCAAGCCUCUGCUGAAGAUCCUGCAGGAAUCCUUCCCUUCCUGCAUCCACGUCGCCCUCAUCAUCAAACCAGACAACUUCUGGCAGAAACAGAGGACCAAUUUCGGGAGCUCCAAGUUUGAAUUUGAGACGGUCAUGGUGUCUCUCGAGGGCCUGACCAAGGUGGUGGACCCCUCCCAGCUGACAUCAGACUUCGAGGGCAGCCUGGAGUACGACCACGACGAGUGGAUCGAUGUGCGCGUGGCCUUCGAGGACUUUGCCGGCGAUGCCGCCCGGGCUUUGGCACGGCUGGAGGAGCUGCAGGAGACCCUGGCGCAGCGUGACCUUCCGCGCGACCUGGAGUGUGCACGGCGCCUCAUGGAGGAACAUGCCUCGCUCAAGAAGAGAGCCACCAAGGCCUCGGUGGAGGAGUUGGACACACAGGGACGCAGGCUGCUCCAGAGGCUUCAGCAGGGUAGUGUCACCCCUGGAGGCUACACUAACCACGGCGGUGGGGGAACGGAUGCUAACGAUGGGCUCACAGGCCACCCAGAUGCCCACAACCUGGUGCCAAAAGUGAGUGCCCUGCUGGACAAGUUGCAUGGCACACGCCAGCACCUGCAGCAGCUGUGGCACAUGCGCAAGCUGAAACUGGACCAGUGCUUCCAGCUGCGGCUGUUUGAGCAGGAUGCAGAGAAGAUGUUUGACUGGAUCAUGCACAACAAGGGCCUGUUCCUGACCAGCUACACAGAGAUAGGAGGGAACCACCAGCAUGCCGGGGAGCUGCAGACCCAGCACAACCACUUUGCCAUGAACUGUAUGAAUGUCUAUGUAAAUAUCAACCGCAUCAUGUCUGUGGGGAACCGGCUGUUGGAGUCUGGGCACUACGCAUCGCAGCAGAUCCAGCAGAUCUCAGGUCAGUUGGAGCAGGAGUGGAAGGCCUUCGCUGCUGCCCUGGACGAACGCUCCACCCUACUGGAGAUGUCUGCUGCCUUCCACCUGAAGGUGGACCAGUACAUGGGUAAUGUGGAGCCGUGGUGUAAGGCGUGUGGAGAAGGAGACCUGCCCUCUGAGCUACAGGACUUGGAGGACACCAUCCACCAUCACACAGGACUCUAUGAGCACAUCACCACUGCCUACUCUGAGGUGAGCCAAGACGGGAAGUCCCUAUUGGACAAGCUGCAGCGGCCCCUGACCCCGGGUAGUGCUGAUUCGCUGACGGCCUCAGCCAACUACUCCAAGGCGGUGCACCACGUACUGGACAUCAUCCACGAGGUGCUACACCACCAGAGACAACUGGAAAACAUCUGGCAACACCGCAAGGUCCGGCUGCACCAGCGCCUGCAGCUCUGUGUCUUCCAACAGGACGUCCAGCAGGUGCUGGACUGGAUAGAGAACCAUGGUGAAGCCUUCCUCAGUAAGCAUACCGGAGUGGGGAAGUCCCUACACAGAGCCCGGGCCCUGCAGAAGAGACACGAGGACUUUGAGGAGGUGGCCCAGAACACCUAUACUAACGCUGACAAGCUGCUGGAGGCAGCAGAGCAGCUGGCCCAAACAGGAGAAUGUGAUCCAGAGGAGAUCUACCAGGCAGCCCACCAGCUAGAGGACCGCAUUCAGGACUUUGUACGUCGCGUGGAGCAACGUAAGGUCCUCCUGGACAUGUCUGUGGCCUUCCAUACUCACGUCAAAGAGCUGUGGACGUGGUUGGAGGAGCUGCAGAAGGAGCUGCUGGACGAUGUGUAUGCUGAGUCUGUGGAGGCGGUGCAGGACCUGAUCAAACGCUUCGGCCAGCAGCAACAGACCACCCUGCAGGCCACUGUCAACGUCAUCAAGGAGGGAGAGGACCUCAUCCAGCAGCUCAGGGACUCUGCUAUCUCCAGUAACAAGACUCCCCACAACAGCUCCAUGGCCCACAUCCAGAGUGUCCUACAGCAGCUGGACGAGGCCCAGGCUCAGAUGGAAGACCUGUUUCAGGAGAGGAAGAUCAAACUGGAACUCUUCCUGCAGCUACGCAUCUUCGAGAGGGACGCCAUCGACAUCAUCUCAGACCUGGAGUCGUGGAAUGAGGAGCUGUCCCAGCAGAUGGGUGAGUUUGAUACAGAGGACCUGACGUUGGCAGAGCAGAGGCUCCAGCACCAUGCUGACAAGGCCCUCACCAUGAACAACCUGACCUUCGACGUCAUCCACCAGGGACAGGAGCUGCUGCAGUACGUUACAGAGGUCCAGGCCAGCGGUGUGGAGUUGCUGUGUGACAGGGAUGUGGACAUGGCUACACGUGUUCAGGACCUGCUGGAGUUCCUCCAUGAGAAGCAGCAGGAGCUGGACGUGGCGGCCGAGCAGCACAGGAGGCACCUGGAACAGUGUGUCCAGCUACGCCACCUUCAGGCCGAGGUCAAACAGGUGCUGGGUUGGAUCCGUAAUGGAGAGUCCAUGCUGAAUGCAGGUCUGAUCACAGCCAGCUCUCUACAGGAGGCAGAACAGCUACAGAAGGAACACGAGCAAUUCCAACAUGCCAUAGAGAAAACCCACCAGAGUGCAUUGCAGGUGCAGCAGAAGGCUGAGGCCCUACUCCAAGCAAACCACUACGACAUGGACAUGAUCCGGGACUGUGCAGAGAAGGUGGCCGACCACUGGCAGCAACUCAUGCUCAAGAUGGAGGACCGGCUCAAACUGGUCAAUGCCUCUGUAGCCUUCUACAAGACCUCCGAGCAGGUGUGCAGUGUGCUGGAAAGCCUGGAGCAGGAGUAUAAGCGUGAGGAGGACUGGUGUGGGGGAGCUGAUAAACUGGGCCCUAACAGUGAGUCAGACCAUGUCACACCCAUGAUCAGCAAACACCUGGAGCAGAAGGAGGCCUUCCUCAAGGCUUGUACACUAGCAAGGCGAAACGCGGACGUCUUCCUGAAGUACCUGCACAGAAACAGUGUCAACAUGCCAGGGAUGCUGUCUCACGUCAAGGCUCCUGAAACACAGGUCAAAAAUAUCUUGAAUGAGCUGCUCCAGAGAGAGAACCGGGUGCUGCACUUCUGGACAAUGAGGAAGAGGAGACUGGACCAGUGUCAGCAGUAUGUGGUGUUUGAACGCAGUGCCAAGCAGGCUCUGGAGUGGAUCCACGACACGGGAGAGUUCUACCUGUCGACCCACACCUCCACCGGAUCCAGUAUCCACCACACACAGGAGCUGCUGAAGGAGCACGAAGACUUCCAGAUCACAGCCAAGCAAACCAAAGAGAGGGUGAAACUGUUGAUCCAGCUGGCGGAUGGCUUUUGUGACAAAGGGCACGCCCAUGCGCUGGAGAUAAAGAAAUGGGUCACCUCUGUGGACAAGCGCUACAGAGACUUCUCCCUCCGCAUGGACAAGUACCGGUCCUGUCUGGAGAAAGCACUGGGCAUCGUAUCCUCUGACUCCAACAAGGCCAGUAAAGGGCUGCAGCUGGACAUCCUCCCCGCCAGCGUCCCAGGGUCAGAGGUCAAGCUGAGGGAUGCUGCCCACGAACUCAAUGAGGAGAAGAGGAAGUCUGCCCGGAGGAAAGAGUUCAUAAUGGCAGAGCUCAUUCAGACAGAGAAGGCCUACGUCAGAGACCUGCGGGAGUGUACAGAUACCUACCUGUGGGAGAUGACCAGUGGUGUUGAGGAGAUCCCUCCAGGCAUCGUCAACAAAGAGCACAUCAUCUUUGGCAACAUGUUGGACCUCUACGAGUUCCACCACAACAUCUUCCUGAAGGAGUUGGAGAAAUAUGAACAGCUACCUGAGGACGUGGGUCAUUGCUUUGUCACCUGGGCAGAUAAAUUCCAGAUGUAUGUGAACUACUGCAAGAACAAACCAGACUCUACCCAGCUCAUUCUGGAGCAUGCAGGGCCCUAUUUUGAUGAAAUUCAACAGAGGCACCGGCUGGCCAACUCCAUAUCCUCAUACCUCAUCAAGCCUGUCCAGAGAAUAACCAAGUAUCAGCUGCUUCUCAAGGAGCUGCUGACCUGCUGUGAGGAGGGGAAGGGGGAGAUCAAGGAUGGUCUGGAGGUGAUGCUCAGUGUCCCCAAGAGAGCCAACGACGCCAUGCACCUGAGCAUGAUGGACGGGUUCGAUGGGAAUAUUGACUCCCAAGGAGAGCUGAUCCUGCAGGAGUCCUUCCAGGUGUGGGAUCCCAAGACUCUGAUCCGUAAGGGACGCGAGCGCCACCUCUUCCUAUUUGAGAUGUCCCUGGUCUUCAGCAAGGAGGUCAAGGACUCUAACGGACGCAACAAGUACCUCUACAAGAGCAAGCUCUUUACUUCAGAGCUUGGUGUCACAGAACAUGUGGAGGGGGAUCCGUGUAAGUUUGCUCUCUGGGUUGGGAGGACCCCCAGUUCAGACAACAAGAUGGUGCUGAAGGCGUCCAGCAUAGAGAACAAGCAGGACUGGAUCAAACACAUCCGGGAGGUGAUCCAGGAGCGUACCAUCCACCUGAGAGGAGCCCUGAAGGAGCCUAUUCACAUCCCCAAGGCCAGCACAGUCAAACACAAAGGCAGAAGUCAUGGAGAUGACUUGGACAGCCAGGGUGAUGCCAGCAGUCAGCCAGACACCAUCUCUAUCGCCUCCCGUACCUCUCAGAACACACUGGACAGCGACAAGCUCUCUGGUGGCUGUGAGCUGACCGUGGUCAUCCAUGACUUUGUGGCUAGUAAUGGCAGCAGCUCUGAGCUGACUGUACGGAGGGGUCAGACAGUGGAGGUGCUGGAGAGGCUCCAUGACAAACCAGACUGGUGCCUGGUGAGGACCACGGACCGCUCCCCUGCCCAGGAGGGCAUAGUACCCUGUGCCAUGCUCUGCAUCGCUCACUCACGCUCCAGUAUGGAGAUGGAAGGACUCUUCAACCACCACCACAAAGACACCCUGUCUGUGUCCAGUAACGAUGCCAUCCAGCCUGGCACCAGCCACACCCUGGGCUUCCACAGCUCCCCAGGGCCCAAGCGACCGGGCAACACGCUGAGGAAGUGGCUGACCAGCCCAGUGAGGCGCCUGAGCAGCGGCAAGGCCGACGGACACGUCAAGAAGCUGGCCCACAAGCACAAGAAGAACCGCGAGGGACGAGGCAAGAACGCAGACUCCGCCGGCUCCCAGAAAGACUCGGACGACAAUGCCGCCACGCCACAGGACGAGACCAUCGAGGAGAGGAUGAGGAACGAGGGGCUGAGCAGUGGGACUCUGUCCAAGUCCUCCUCCUCUGGGAUGCAGAGCUGUGGGGAGGAGGAGGGAGAAGAGGGGGCUGAUGCUGUACCCCUGCCUCCCCCAAUGGCCAUCCAACAACACAGCCUGCUGCAGGCUGACUCUCAGGACGACAAGGCGGCCUCUCGUCUAUCGGGCCGACCCAGUAGUUCAGAGACACCCAGCGCGGCUGAGCUGGUCAGUGCCAUCGAGGAGCUGGUCAAGAGUAAGAUGUCCCUGGAGGACCGUCCCAGCUCUCUCUCUGUGGAACAAGGGGACAGCAGCAGCCCCUCCCUCAACCCCUCUGACAACUCCCUCCUGUCCUCCUCCUCCCCCAUCGAUGAGAUGGACGAGCGCAAGUCGGGUUUCCUCAAAAGACGCCACUAUGUGUUACUGGAGCUGGUGGAGACAGAGAGGGACUACGUGAGAGACCUGGGUUCAGUGGUGGAGGGCUACAUCAGCAAAAUGAAGGAGGACGGCGUGCCAGACGACAUGAGGGGAAAAGACAAGAUAGUGUUUGGGAAUAUCCACCAGAUCUACGACUGGCAUAGAGAAUUCUUCCUGGGAGAGCUAGAGAAGUGCCUGGAGGAUCCCGAUAGGCUGGCUCCCCUGUUCGUCAAACAAGAGCGACGGCUACACAUGUACAUCGUGUACUGUCAGAACAAGCCCAAAUCAGAGCACAUCGUGUCUGAGUACAUAGACACUUACUUUGAGGAGCUCAAGCAGCGUCUGGGCCACAGACUCCAGAUCACUGAUCUUCUCAUUAAGCCUGUGCAGCGCAUCAUGAAGUACCAGCUCCUGCUGAAGGAUUUACUUAAGUUCUCCAAAAAGGCUGCAGUAGAUACUACUGAGCUGGAGAAAGCGGUGGAGGUCAUGUGUGUUGUGCCCAAAAGAUGCAACGACAUGAUGAACGUUGGGCGUCUCCAAGGCUUUGACGGCAAGAUUGUGGCCCAAGGCAGACUGCUGCUCCAGGACACCUUCAUGGUAUCAGAUCAGGACGGGGGGCUACUCACAAGGAUGAAGGAGAGGAGGGUCUUCCUCUUCGAACAGAUCGUCAUCUUCAGUGAGCCCCUGGACAAGAAGAAAGGCUACUCCCAGCCGGGAUACCUCUUCAAGAACAGUGUCAAGGUGAGCUGGCUGGGCCUGGAGGAGAGCCCAGAUGACCCCUGUAAGUUCACCCUGACCUCCCGGUCAUCCAGUGGCGGUGUGGAGACCUACGUGAUGCACUCAGCCAAUCCUGGAGUCAGCCAGAUGUGGGUCCACCAGAUCACCCAGAUCCUGGAGAGCCAGCGCAACUUUCUCAAUGCACUGACAUCCCCUAUCGAGUACCAGAGGAACCACGUGGGGGCAAGUGGAGCAGGCCUGGGGGCCCCCAGCAGCAGUGGCCUGGCAGGAGGUGGCUGCAGCAGCUCCGUAGUGGGCCCUGGGAGUAACUCUCUGUGUGGCCCCCAGAGUCGCCGGCCCUCGCGCAUUCCCCAGCCCUCCUCCCGUAUCCCACAGCCUGUCCACCACCACCACCCCCCGGGGUCUGACGGUCCGGACAGAACAGCAGGUACGUGGUCCCGACAACCCCCCUCCUCCUCCCAGACCCCCUGUCCUCCUGACCAUGCAGAGGGGGACCUGGGGCCCCAAGAUGUCCCCAAGAUGCGAGUGCUGGAGGGUCCCCGGCCCCGCAGCAGAACCAGCAGCAACAGCAAUGGCAAGUCCUUGGGUGUUGCUGAGGGCAGCUUCAAGGAGAGCUACCUUGGGGAGGACCCUCAGAUCCCCAUCCCACGGCUGGCUGUGGCCCCUCUGAAUCUUGCCAAGCCUCAGGUAGGGGCAGUCCCUCCUCUGACCUGCCCCAUAAAGGAGGAAUUCAUCCCGGGCAGCCCAGCCCAGAAAGGCUCCUUUUUCUGGUCCACCGCGGUCCCAGCCUCCCCAGCUAGCCGGCCUGGCUCCUUCUCCUACCACAGUGAUAGUGGAGACUCGACCCUGGGCCACAGGGAGAGCCACAGCCACCGCCACUCCACCCACAGCAAGGAUAUAGACCGCAUGAGCACAUGCUCCUCCACCAGUGAGCAGUCCUUACAGUCCACGCAGAGUAACGGGAGUGAAAGCAGUAGCAGCAGCAGCAUCAGCACCAUGCUGGUGACCCAGGACUACGUGGCCCUGAAGGAGGAUGAGAUCAGUGUUUCCCAGGGCGAGGUGGUCCAGAUGCUGGCCUCCAAUCAGCAGAACAUGUUCCUGGUGUUCCGGGCUGCCACCGAGCAGGGCCCUGCCGCCGAGGGCUGGAUCCCCGGCUACGUACUGGGUCACACCUCCACCAUCAUCCCCGACCUCCCCGAAGGAACCAUCAACAGGAAGUCAUCCUCGUGGCACACAGCACUCCGCAUCAGGAGAAAGUCUGAGAGGAGAGAUAAGGAGACCAGGAAGGAAUAUAAGAUGGAAAACGGCUACCGCAAGUCUCAAGACUGUCUGACUAAUAAAGUUUCUGUAAAGCUUCUAAACCCCAACUACAUCUAUGAUGUACCCCCAGAGUUCCUGCUACCUCUGAGUGAUGUGACCUGUAACCUGGGGGAGAGAGUCACUCUGAGGAGUAAGGUCUGUGGAAGACCAAAAGCCUCGGUCACCUGGAGAGGACCUGACCACAGCACUCUGAGCAACGACGGACACUACAGCAUCACCUACAGUGACACAGGCGAGGCAACUCUCCUCAUCAUGGGUGUGUCUGUGGAGGAUGAUGGGGUGUACACCUGUGUUGCAACCAACGUAGUGGGCAGCGUGUCAUCCUCCGCCAGCCUCAGAGUCUCAGAGGCCUCUGACGAUGGGAGUGAAGUGAUCUGGAAGAACAACUUUGAGUCCUUCUACACAGAGGUCACAGAACUGGGCAGGGGGAGGUUCUCAGUGGCUAAGCGCUGUGACCAGCGUGGGAGCAAGCGUGCCGUGGCAGCCAAACAUGUCAACAAGCGGUUGAUGCGGCGUGAGCAGGUGCUCCAUGAACUGAGGAUACUACAGUGUCUGGAACACCCACACCUGGUCGGCCUGCUGGACACCUUCGAGACAGCCACCAGCUACGUGCUAGUGCUGGAGAUGGCUGAUCAAGGCCGUCUCCUGGACUACAUAGUCAGCUGGGGUAACCUCACUGAAGAGAAGGUGGCCUUGUACCUUAGGGACAUUCUAGAAGCUUUACACUACCUGCAUAGCUGGAGGAUAGCUCACUUGGACUUGAAGCCUGAGAACGUGUUAGUGGAGCAGAACUCUGCCCAGCCCGUGGUCAAGCUGACAGACUUCGGAGACGCCGUCCAGCUGAACAGUGGCCACUACAUCCACCCCCUACUGGGCAGCCCAGAGUUCUCAGCCCCGGAGCUGGUGCUGGGCCAGCCCGUCUCCCUGACCUCUGACCUCUGGAGCCUGGGGGUUGUGACAUACGUGGUACUGAGCGGGGCAUCUCCCUUCCUGGACGAGAGCGCUGAGGAGACAUGCCUGAACAUCUGUCGUCUGGACUUCAGCUUCCCCCAUGACUACUUCCAGGGUGUGAGCCAGGCGGCCAGGGACUUUGUGGGUCUCCUCCUACAGGGCGAGCCGGACCGGAGACCUUCUGCCGCCGCUUGCCUUCAGGAGCCCUGGCUGCAGCCGUGGGACUCCCACCAGCAACAAAACCAGCACCCAGGGUGCAUCGACACCUCCAGACUCAUCUCCUUCAUCGAGCGGCGGAAACACCAGAACGACGUUAGGCCCGUGGGCAGCAUCAAGACCUUCCUUCACAGCAGACUCCUCAACCAGAUAUGAGCAGGUCAGAGAACUACAGUACCCAGAAACCACAGAGUCACAAUGAUGAUCUCAUCCUCUCUCAGCCGACUACGCCACUUCAUUAGAACUAUGUUACCCAGCAUCCUGCUGCUGCUGACUGCUGACUGCUUUGAAUAUUUUUGACUGAGAUUUUUUCCCCCAAGAGAUUUAGAUACUUCCCUUCCAUCCCCACCUUUGUAUGGAUGAUGGCUAUAUGCCUGCACAAAAGUAUGAACUAUUUGAAAGUAUUUAAAACUUCACUAACAGGGAGAACAAAGCUUUCUCGAGAGCCAGUGAGAGUAAGCCUUGUGUUUGGAUAGUAUUACUGUAAUAUCGGGUUACUUUUGGUUGAAUAUAAGAAUUGUUUUUGUAAUGAGAGAUUACUUUUUGUAAAGAAAAUGUAUAGUGAAGAAACAAAGAAAUGUCUUUAUUCAUAUACCUUUUCAAAAACAAAGGUUAUUAAUAAAAAGCAUGAAAACAAAAAUGAAUGCGACAUAUGAACAAAGCACCACCGACCCUCACAGGGUCGUUGCUUCAGAACACUACUUCUAGAACCAGUUGGAGACCAAACUCAGUGUAGUUGUAGUUGAUUAACUUACAAUAAAUAGGCAAAUGCUUUGUUCUGGCCUUGCUAUUGUAUGGACCCGUAACAGUUAGUACAAUUAUGCUAUUUUAGUCAGACCUCAGCAGAGAAAUAAACAAGCAAACAAACAACAAAAAGCUAUAACACUAUUGGAAAAGCUCUUUAGAUUUCUGAUACAUCCGCCUUACUUUGUAAAUAAUGUGUUCCUGCCUUCAUUCUCAUUUUGAAGAAUUUGUCUCAACCGCUGUUUCAUUAGCUGAGUAGUAAGUCCUACCAAUGGAAGAGAGGUGUGAGGGAGACCAGCUCCUCCUCAUGCCAGUCAAAAUACUUAAACCCUCACUACCAGAAAUACUUCUAUCAAUGCACUCAUAUUUUGCGUUAACUUCUCAUGUGCAACGUUGCAGCUUUAACAUGUAUGCAACUAUUUCUGAAGACUUGUGUUGUACCCGUAAUCUAAAAAGGCAUGUACGUACCUGGUACUGCAGUAGAUGUAUGUAUUGUGUUACUCUUUUCCGUAUUAAGUUCAGUAUUAAUAUCUUGGAAACCUAAAAUGCAGGUUUCGCAAAUAAUGUAAAAUAAGAAAAAAGAUUUGUAUCUAUAUUGGCACUUAUGCUUUCAGUUUGUCAUUGUAUUUGUUUUAUUUUCUGUAACUAUACCAAAGUUUAGUGUACUUUACUCUCUUUAAAUAUGUUAUAAUGUACCAUGUUAAGUUAUGAAAACCAUGCUGAACCUAGAGAUGUUUACAUUGGUUCACAGUGGCUUUAUUUAUUAGCGUUGUAAGAACGUUGUUUAGUGGUUGGUUGUUACUGCUUACCUAAUUAACAUUUCAAACACUUCUCUUCUCAAGCUGUGCACAAAGUGGUGAUUGCUGUGUAAGUUUGUUUGACUUUUUAAGUUAUGUAUUUUGCUAGACAUUGUGUUGCAAUGAUCAACAUCUUGGUUGAACUGAAGAUAAACUUGGGGUAGCAUUCUUUGCCGAGCCUUUGGUUUGAAGAUUGUACCAACGUUGCAAUAAUUGUGCAUGGGCGUUGCGGCGCUAUUACCCUAACCUUUAUCUGAGGGUGACCAUGACCUAGCUGCUUUCAGUAAAUUAAUCAUUGUAUGAGUUCAAACGGAUUUUAAUGUGCCGGUCAAUUGAUCUGGAGAGGCGGACGAAGUAGCUGUAUUUCCUUUUAAGCUUGAAAAGGUUAUCAGAGUUUCAUGUCUAUGUCAAGGCAGUAGUCACAGUGAUACAAUGAAUGUGUUUGUUAACCUGUACAGUCCCAUUUUGUGUCCUCUUAUUUAUUCACGUGUAAAGCUGUACAUACAUGGACGACGAACAUGGGAACCUGGAUGUAACCUCCUCAUAUUUGAUACAUACUACGUCAUUUUGAAUGUUAAAUGACUUAUUUUUACUUUUGCAUGUAUAUUUCUUUGUACAGAAAUUAUGUUUACACAUGACUUGCUAUAAAUAGUUUAUUUAGUCCUCAGUUAUUUUGCCAUUAAACGUAUGGAACAUACCCUUGGAUGUUUUUUAAUAUUUAUGUAUGUACAGUGCCUUAAGAAAGUAUUCAUAGCCCUUGACUUAUUCUACAUGUUGUGUUACAGCCUGACUUCAAAAUUGAUUAAAUGGUUUUUUUCUCUCA